GCUUCUUCCUCCGCGCUCUGCGUAUAAAGCAGCUGCCUCGCUGCUCGCCAACUCACUCUCGCCGCCACCGGCCCGCCAGCUAGCUGCUAGCUCCGCCACCAUCCAUCUCUUUGCUUUGCUUCGAUUUAAUUUCCUGGUGGCCGUCGAGAUCCGUCAUCCAUGGAUGAAGUGUGGUCCUGCCUGCAGGACCUGCAGCAGCUGCAGGACGGCGACCUCGCCGGCCUCCACCCUUCUCCCGACCUCCACGACCAUGACCCCUUCUGGCCAGCUCUAGCAGACUGCGCUGCCAGCUUCCUCGCCGGCGACGACACCGCGUGCUUCGGCGUCGCCGGCAUCGACCUCUCCGGCGGCUCCGCUACCGGAAAUGCGGUGGACGGCAUGGACACGGCCAGCUUCUUCGCCGAGAACGACGACAACCACCACCUGAUGCACCAGCAAGAGCAGCAGCAGCCGGUGUACUCGUCCUCGUCGCUGUCCUCCAAGCGCUCCCUCUCCAUCGACAGCGGCGGCUCCUCGUCGACCUUCUUCUCUCUCGACGCCGCCGCCGCGGGCAUCUUCUCGUCGUCGCACCACUCCGAGGCGCCGGCCGCCACGCAGGACCCGUUCGCCGGCGGCGAGGACGAGGCGCUCAUGCGGGCCAUGGUGGCCAUCAUCUCCUCGGCGUCGCCAUCCUCCUCCGAGUCCUCGUCGCCGCCGCUCAGCCAGGACACCACGGCCGCCCUAGCCGCCGUAGCGCAGCCGCGCCCGUGCGGGGGCAACGCAAGCAACGUGACCGUCAGGAGCACCAGCCUCGCCGUGGGGCCGGAGGGGACGACGUCUCUGAGCAGCGCCGCCGGCGGCGGCCGGCAGCAGGAGGAGGACACCAGGGCGGCGGCCGGCAGCAAUAACAGCAGCCAGGUCUACCACAUGAUGUCGGAGAGGAAGAGGCGGGAGAAGCUCAACGACAGUUUCCUCACACUGAGGUCCCUCCUCCCACCUUGUUCCAAGAAGGACAAGACGACGGUGCUGAUCAACGCGGCGAGCUUCCUGAAGACGCUGGAGGCGCAGGUGUCGGAGCUGGAGGAGAAGAACGCCAGGCUGGAGAGGUACGUCCCCCGCGAGGGCGCCACCGCCGUGGCGGCGCACCACCGGAGGGCCAAGGUCCAUAUAAGCAGGGCGGCAUCGGGCGACCGGCAGGUGAUCAGCCUGGUGGUGAUGGUGAUGGUGGAGUGCGACAUCGUGGACCUGGUGCUGCACGUCCUCGAGUGCCUCCGGUGGAUGAGCGGCGUCAGCGUGCUCUCCGUCGACGCCGACACCUACUCGCCGCAGGCGCCGCUCAAGGCCCGCGCCAACAUCAAGCUGCACAUCACGGACGGCGACUGCUGGAACGAGGCGCUGUUCCACGAGACGAUGACCAAGACCGUGCACGACGCGACCUCGUUCCCCUCCUCAUCCUCCUGCGCCGCCCCGGCACCGCUCGUGGCCGCGGCCUAGUCAGCAGCAGGCCCGCCACGUAAGCCCCUGCCACCUCGGUUCUUCCGCCACAGGUUGGCUGUGAAGCGACCGGUUCAGCCAUCGCCAUGCGCGCGUGCUCGCUCCCAUCCGCAUUGAGCCCACAUCAGUCAACGUUGGACUUUGAAGGGGUAAAAUUAAACGUACCGGACGACGUGGUACGACGGGUUGGCAUGGGUGGUUAACUAGAAAAGGUUAUAUUAGAUUGUGGUUAGCAAGUAAGGAAACCCUGUGUGUUGCCCUAACGUGACAAGCGAAGUUGCAGAUGAUGGCACACUGAGGUUUUAGGUUGUAUGAUGCAUGGUUAGUGGUAAGUACCGCCGCUUAAAAAAAAAACUAGAAGAGAAAAGGUGGUCCAUAUGUACAUUGCUGGCACUUGGUUACCAACAUAUAAUGGAGGAAUUUUGUACAUAGGACAGAAGCUCGCAUGAGCACUAAAGAUGAAGAAUUGUGCACGCACGAAA